AAGCCAUCCUUCUUAGUCUUCGCACGGAUCAUCAUCACGGGAUUAAUCGCAAAUUGAUCCCUAGCCUCAUUUGCUCAGAUAUGCAAUCUGACUUUACUUCUCUCGCUACUAAACCGCGUCCAAUUUCAAUCGUUGUCCUUCUUUGCGUGACUACUUCUUCGAUCUCCUGUCUCCUGCAGAUUAUAAAUUCAACCGGCAGUUAGUUUCCAACUCCCCCAAAAGAGAAGAUUUAAUUUUGAGGGAAAGAAGCUCUGCUAGCUUCACACAAUUAUCCCUCUUCUACUAUUCGAUUCGCAGGAAAAGAAGGAAUCGGAAUCGGAAUCGGAAUCGGCGGGGCAAUUGCAUCAUGAGCAGCGGCAGAAAGAGCACGUCGUCGCCGUCACAGAAGAAGAACCGGGUGCUGCAGUACGUAAAGGCGCCGCUGCGCGUUCUGUGCCGCGCCCGGGACUUCUACGUGCGCAGCAUGACGAGUUGCGCGGGGCGCAUCGAGGUGGAGGGCGGAGCGUACUCGAUGGGCUACCCGAUGGCCUCCGGGCCGCUGCCGCGGAACUUCAGCGUCGCGUCGGGGAGGAGCGGCGCCAGCGAGGAGGAUCUACAGGACCUCAUACGCACGGCGUCGUUGCGCCGCGCCCGCUCGCAGGGUUCGACCGCGGCCGCGGUGCCGCGCAGCCAGAGCGUGGCGGUGGCGCGGAUCGACGAGGACAAGGAGUGCGAAUUCGGGGACGAGAAUCCCGGCGGCGAGAUCGUCCUCAGGAGCCGGAGCUACGCCCCCGGAGCCGAGAGGAAGCAGAGGAAUUUUGCUUGAUUCCUUGAUCACCGAUCGAGCGGUUUCUGUAAUUGCUCGUUGCAGAUUGCAUUUGCUUAAUAAUUAUACAACCAACUUUUUAUAUAUAUAAUUAUCAUCUACGUCUCCUUUCUUCUCGUAAGUAAGAACGAUUUACUUUUAUAUGAUUUUCUUUCCGAUA